CAAACUUUCGUCAGUUGUACAAGACUUUUUCAGUGGAUCGGACGCAAUUCUAUUAUCAGCGUUUCGCCGUUUCGUUUUAGUUGAGUUUUAAUUAGUGCAGGAUCGGGCACGAUGAGAUCGGUACUGCCCAUUUCAUAUUUGAUAGGUUCGAUUUGGACCGUUGCCGUAUUGCUUGGUGAAGUGCAAGGCCGAGCUAAUUUUAACUUACUACCCAAGAAUUGCGGGAUGUCCGUAACUGAUAGAGUAUCGCAUGGAAACGCGACUUUUGUGUAUGAGCAUCCCUGGGUGGCGGUUAUACGGUACACCGAAAAAGAAAAAAUCCUUGAUCGUUGCGCUGGAUCUUUGAUCAACGAGCGAUACGUCCUAACAGCAGCGCAUUGCAUCAGAAAUUUGAAACUGCAUAGCGUUAUUCUUGGAGAGCAUACCAAAAGUCAGGAACGAGACUGCAGUGAAUUUUACGAUACAACAGGAAGCCUUACGGAGAUAUAUUGUGCUGAUGCUGUUGAAGAAUUUGGCAUUGAAUCGUUUGAAUACCAUGCUGAAUUCAAUCGCCCCAGGUUCAGAAACGACAUAGGACUGCUACGCUUAAACCGCAGUGUAAUUAUGAAUGAUCAUAUCCAACCUAUUUGCUUGCCUGUAACGGCUAAGCUCAGAAGGUUGACCUCCAGUAACUUCAUCGCGGUCGGCUGGGGAAGGACGAAAAAUGACGCCGCCUUGGAUGUACUGACGGGAGUUAUUCAGCUCCGAGUAGAUAAUGAAGCUUGUCAGGAGAUAUACGACCGAAGUUGGGUGAACGUUCAGCUGGGCAGCAAGCAGAUGUGUGCUGGUAGUGAAAAUGGGGUCAAUCCGUGCAAAGGAUUUGGCGGUGGACCGCUGGGCUUCUUUGCCCAUCAUGACGGAACUCGAUUUGUGCAAGUCGGCAUUGUCUCCUUCGGGUUAGACCGAUGUGAAAGCAACGUGCCUGGGGUAUACACCCUCGUUUCGGAGUACAUGGAUUGGAUAUUGGCCAAGAUACAGCCCCUCAGUUAACAAUUUCACAAACUUCGCUGAAGUACUUUUUCGAAAAAUAAAGAAUGUUAACUGUUUC